ACAUUGACCCUUUAUUGUUUUCGUAGUGCAUACUUAUUAUGUUAAAUUAGAAAAUUUAAUAUUUUGUAAAUUGGAAAAGUUUACAAAAAAAUAAUUUAGUUAUAAAAAAUAAUGAAUAGCUAUAUGUAUUCCUUAAAAAUGAGUUUUGUUUGACAUAAUUUAACAGUUUUUUGAUAUGGUGUUUUCUCGUUUAAUUGAAUUUGAAGACCUCGUCUGCGGCCAAAGGUUCCUUGGCGAUAAUGAUUUAUGAUUGAAGAAGUUUAAUAUUAAAUGCGUUGUUAAUUUUAAAAAAAUGAGUGGGAACGAUAAGGAAAGUAAAAGAAUUGAGUUUAUAGCUGCAGAAAACAGAAGUUCAAGCCAAAUGGAAAAAGAUGAAGAUCAAAUUCUCGUUGUUGCAAACUCUGACACCAUUAGCGAAAACAAGUGUGGUUUUCCGACAACAUCAGUAAAAAAAUCUCCGGCAGAUAUGCCAGACAAUAUUUACAACGUCGAAAAUAAUGAAUCUCUAGAAACUGCCUUACCACAAGAGUUGCCUGAUGCUCGUUCUAAAUACUUAAAGCUACGUAAGGAACCAAUUCGUGUUGGAUUUUAUGAUAUUGAAAAAACAAUUGGAAAAGGAAAUUUUGCUGUCGUAAAGUUGGCAAGACACCGAAUUACUAAAAAUGAGGUUGCAAUAAAAAUUAUUGACAAGACGCAAUUAGAUAAAUCAAACUUACAGAAGGUUUAUCGAGAAGUUGAAAUAAUGAAACGUUUGAAUCAUCCCCACAUAAUAAAGUUAUACCAGGUUAUGGAAACAAAAGAAAUGAUAUACAUUGUUUCGGAAUACGCAAGUCAAGGCGAAAUAUUCGAUUACAUAGCUAGGUAUGGAAGAAUGUCGGAAAAGGUUGCGAGAUUUAAAUUUUCUCAAAUUUUAUCUGCCGUUGAGUAUAUUCACGAAAAAGGAAUAGUGCAUAGAGAUCUCAAAGCUGAGAAUCUCUUGCUGGAUUGUCACAUGAAAAUAAAAAUUGCCGAUUUUGGUUUUUCCAACAAUUUCAAAAUUGGAGAAUUAUUAGCCACAUGGUGUGGAUCGCCUCCAUAUGCUGCACCAGAAGUUUUCGAGGGAAAGCAAUACAUCGGACCAGAAAUUGAUAUUUGGUCACUUGGUGUUGUUCUUUAUGUAUUAGUUUGUGGUGCAUUACCAUUCGAUGGUUCCAGUUUGCAAACUUUAAGAGAUCGUGUGCUUUCUGGUCGAUUUCGGAUUCCAUUUUUUAUGUCUUCAGACUGUGAACAUCUUAUUCGAAGAAUGCUAGUUUUGGACCCAACAAAACGUUAUACAAUAGAGCAAAUAAAACGGCAUAAUUGGUUGUGUUGUGAAGAAUCUAAAAUACAAAGUGUGUCUAAUACUGCUACAGACGGAACUUCGUGUAUUCAACCGAAUGAUGAUAUACUUCACAUUAUGUCAGAAUUUGCGGGCAUAGCGCCUGAAAAAACUAAAGAAAGUUUAAAAAAAAAUACUUAUGAUCAUGUUGCUGCCAUUUAUUUACUUCUGCAAGAUCGAAUUAAAGAUAAAAUACAUCAUCAGGAGAAUUGCAAAUACUCUUCAAAUAAUACACUGCUGCCAAUACUAUCAACGGGUAAUUUGGCUCCUCGUACUGCAUCAAAACUUUCUAAUAUAAAUAAGUCUUUUGCUACUACAGAAAAUCAAAUUAGUAUAAAUAAAAAAAUUUGUAAAAAUACCCUUAAAUAUAAAGACAAACAAUCAAAUCUCGAAAAUCACGCUACAAAAAAUAGUUACCAACCAGCUAUAACAGAUAGCAAUAAUAUUUUUAGUAAAGAUUCGCAUUUAAUAUCUUCCCUUCCACAUAGCGGUUAUAAAGACUAUGAGUUAUCUGAUCCUAAAAACAAUGAUUUUAACGCAGAAAAUAGGGUAUUUCGACAAAAUACUAAUACUUUUAAUUAUCCUGUCAGCUUGGAAUUUGGAUUUGACAAUAAUCACUCACGAAAUUUAAGCUUGAAUCCCAGUGAAAUUAAACAUUCCUUAAAUAACUCAAAUGAAUCGAUAGAUUCCAAGUCUGCCAAUAUAUACAACGAGUGUAAAUAUAAAUACAAUUGUCUUAGUGGAGAACAUGACAGGAAACGUAGUUUUGAAGACUGUCCACAACUAUUUAACAAGAUGACGUUAAGUGCUGAAAUUAAUCUUACUGCAAAUAAUAUUAUUCGAGAUGGCUCAAAUGCAUCUUUUAAUACAACGAAAGAAGUUUCCAAUUCUUCUAGUUUUGAUGGAUCUGCAAACUCAAAUCAGAAUUACCGUUUUAAAAUGUCUGCAGAAGCAGCAAAGCUAUUUGAAACACUGCAAGAGAGUCCCCUUCCAAUAGAAACACCAAUUUCCAACCGAAAUAUGCGAUGGAAUUCAACUGUUUCAAUAAAUAUGAAUGACUCAAAAUUUGAGAGUUCAAAACAAAAAAACUCCUGUGAUUUAAGCCAGGACUCCAGUUUUAUCAAAAAUAAUUCGCCUGCGAAAGAAACAAUUCUAUCACAGCAAAGUUCAAGCACGGAUGAAGGGAGUGAAGCAGACCAAAUAUUUAUUAAUAAUAAAAAUGCAGUUGGGGGUUCACAAUCUUCCUUGGACUUAACUCAACGUAUUAAAUCAUAUGCAAGUAGCAGUUCCUCAAGUGGUGUCGUUGCAAACUAUUCAAUGAGCUUAAAUCAGAAUGUAAGUAGUGGGUUAUCCAAGACUAACUGUUCAUCCCUUAAAAGCAUAGAUUGCGAUUUAGCUGCAAAUGCUGACAUAGGAUGCAACCUGCACUCUUCCAUAAGCAAUAUUACUACUAAUUCAGACUCUGAUAACCCAAUGGACUGUGCAAUCUACGACAAUAAUGCUUCUUAUACUUACAAGCCCAUUGUAAGUCACUGUUCAAAGUUAAGCAACAAGUCACCAACGCACUAUAUAGGUCAAAGAUCUCCAAUUCAUUUCAGGGAACGACGUCGUGCAAGUGAUGGCUUUGUUGCUCAAGGCAUGAUGAACUCACUGACAUAUUUUAGUACCGUCAAUUCAGCUUAUGGUAGCUAUAAUUAUGAUGCUCAAAAGCACAAUGCUUGGAUAGAGUUACAGUUGCAAAAAGAAGCGAAGUCUCUAAGUUCAAAAUAUAAACCAUAUUUGCAAACUGAAGAUUUAAACAAUUCUCAGUUUAAGCAAAGCCAAUUCCUUACAAUGUCAAAUGCGAUAUCAAUGGACUUACAAAACCAUCAACAUUUUUAUCGUAAACAUGAACAUUUUAGUAAUAAAAGCAGUAUAUUUAACCCAACCAGUCAAAAUUUAAAGGGAUUUGAUUCUACGUACCAGUCUGGAACACAGUAUGUUCAGACAAGUGGAGCAGACGUGUUCUGCAAUGUUAACUCACUUGCAUUUCAUAAAAUACCAUUGCAACAACAACUCUUCCAGUAUCGACUUCUGCAACAAAAAAAACAGUUAUUCCAGAAACGGUUUACCCUUGAUCCAAACCAACAACAAGCAAUAAUUCGAGAACAGAACUACAAGCUUUCAAACCACCAACUACAAAGCGUGUCUUUGGUAUCAUCCCCGAAAGACGAGUUUUUCCAAAAUGUAAAUGCGUUUGGGAGUAGAACCAAAUUUCAACAGUAUCUAACAUCGCCUCCACUUAUUGCCCACAACCUUCAAUCUGCGAACACUAUUUUAAAAACAUCCUAUAUAAACCAGCAAUCACAGAUCACUCCUGUUUUAACCAUAAAAUGCCCAGUAUCUAACAGAAUUAGUUCGGAGAAAUGGAAUUCGUUGCCACAAGCAUUGAACGCAUGUCAUUUGAAAAAAUCAAACAGAUUGGAUAUGGGACGAAUUUCAAGUUUUUUAAAUCCAUCGCCACCGCCAACCCUUAUUUCUCAAAAUUGGCAAACAUUAAUUAAACCUCUAAGGGAAAGGCCUAUACUUGAAAUAGCUGAGCACAUGGAAUCUGUAUAACUUCACAAUAGCGAUUAUACAUUGAUUAGAAAAAUUUAUCGAUUCUUGCUAUAUUACAAAUAACAUU